AUGUCAAAUCUUACGCUCAUCGUGGCAGCUACGAAGACCAAUGGGAUCGGAAAGAACGGCAAUCUUCCCUGGCGUCUCCCAAAAGAAAUGAAGUACUUUGCUCGAGUCACUUCCGGUGCCCCAGAAGGCUUCUCGAACAUGGUGAUCAUGGGCAGAAACACAUGGGAGAGCAUCCCAGCCCAGUUCAGACCUCUUCCUAAGCGUCUUAAUGUGGUCAUCAGCCGUAACAGUGCCUAUGAGCUGUUUCCCGAGACGAAACAGACUGAAGAGGCGCAUCUUUAUCCCAAUCUCCUCUCGGCUCUAAACUUCGCACCGAAAGAUCGCCAAAUACACAGGAAGUUUAUAAUAGGAGGAAACUCGCUGUACGCAGAAACAUUGGGCGGAAAGGGUCAUUCAAUGCAAGACAUUCGCGCUGACCGCGUCUUGUUGACGCGCAUACUGGAACCAGCGUUCGAGGACUGCGAUACGUUCAUGCCGAACUUUCUUAGUAGCGACCCAUGUGCCUCGGUCGCGUGGCAAAGAGCUUCUCAUGGCGACUUGGAGACGUGGGUUGGCGGGGAUGUGCCGAAGGGAGUGCAAGAAGAAAAGGGCGUUAAGUACGAGUUUGAGAUGUGGCUCCGCAGGGAAUGAUUAGUUCUUGGGAUUAAGCAGUACCGACUGACGAGGUGGGAAUAUGCGCGUGUGUAUGUUAGCUAGUGAUAUGCGAGGACCAACAUACUCUAUGGGGGCUGCUCCAUAAUUCUCGCACCAUGCGUAUAUUCUCUAAUACCGGGAUUGAACACAAGGCUAUAGGAUAACUCAGCGCUCAGCCCUGGCGCUGUUUGUGCUUGGGGUCCUUUGAGCACAGAACAUAAACGCGUCCUUUGCGCCUGACGAUGCUGCAGCCGUCGCACAUGACCUUGACGGAAGAGCGGACCUUCAUUCCUCUUGUCAAAGAGAAGAUGGUUGGCUGCAUGGGAGCAGUGGGGUGAUGGUGCAGGAUGCGUGAAGGGGGUACAGAGGCCAUGCGGAGACGAGCCAUCAUAGGCCGACUCGACGCGAGGAGUGCACGGAGCAUGUUGCUACGUCGACGGGAUGAGGCUUGGAGCGGGUUGAAAGAUUGUCUGACUCCGGUGCUUGAGCCUUUGAAUUUGAUGCCUGAAGACGAAGGCUUGUGGACCAAGGCCAG